UGACACGUGAUACUGUUCAGAGGAGAGGGAAGAUGGCGGAACCGCCAAACGUCUCUCCGGAAAACGCCUGGGGAGGAAAAGUUGAUUCAACUUUUAGUGACAACGGGCUGGAUCCUGCACUCUUCGUGGAAAGCAGGAGAAAGGGGAGCAUUGUAUCAAGAGCUAACAGCAUUGGCUCCACCAGUGCAUCUUCAGUACCAAAUACAGAUGAUGAAGACUCUGACUACCAGCAGGAAACCUACAAAGAAACCUACAAGGACCGCCGCCGCCGUGCCCACACACAGGCUGAACAGAAACGGAGGGAUGCCAUUAAGAAAGGCUAUGACGACUUGCAAGCAAUUGUACCCACGUGCCAGCAGCAGGAUUUCUCAAUCGGCUCUCAGAAGCUAAGCAAAGCGAUUGUGCUGCAGAAGACCAUUGAUUAUAUUCAAUUCUUGCACAAGGAAAAGAAGAAGCAGGAGGAAGAGGUCUCCACGCUCCGGAAAGAUGUGAUGGCCUUGAAAAUCAUGAAAAUAAAUUAUGAACAGAUUGUCAAAGCUCACCAGGACAAUCCUAAUGAAGGGAAGAACCAAGUCUCUGACCAGGUGAAGUUCAACGUUUUUCAGGGUAUCAUGGACUCUUUGUUCCAGUCCUUCAAUGCCUCCAUCUCUGUGACAAGCUUUCAGGAACUCUCUGCAUGCGUCUUCAGCUGGAUAGAGGAGCACUGCAAGCCACAGACCCUACGGGACAUUGUCAUUGGUGUCCUGCAACAGCUGAAGAGCCAGCUAUACUAACCCCACAAGGGAAGACUGGAGGGGCAUAUUACAGUUUGGAGCUGUGUGGCCAAGAGGCUGUUUCUGCCAGUAAUUUCUCUUCGAGCUGUUUUGGGUGGGUUACUGAUUGUGUUUACCUCUGAAAUCUCUACUCAGCCUGUGUUUACCUCUGAAAUCUCUACUCAGCCGGCACGACUAACAUCCUUAAGUGAGCAGGAAAGAAAUUAGUUGUCUAUUCAUGAGGAUCAACUGCUACCAUCAACCCCUUUUCAAGCCUUGGUCCCCUGCUGUAUUCUGCAUGUUGACCUAACUUGUCUGAUAGAAACACAUUUACAACACAAUAGUCAUGGGCUUUCCAGUGAAGCUGGUUCCUUUUCUAAGGGCACAGAAACACUAGGAUUUGAGCUCCCUCCAGCCUUUCUUCGGUAGCUAAGCCUUUUAAAUCCUUAGUACAAGACAUAAACAUUGCACAUGAGGCUUGUUUUAAUUUUAAGUAGCAUUGGCUAGGCAUGAGGAGUUUAAAGCAGAGCAAUGUCUAAUUUGUGAUUCAUGUAGAGACACCAAUUUACACACCAUGAUUGCUCUGCCUAGCAUUUAGUUUGGGCUAAGUGCAGUGAUCUAAACAUAUUAUGCAAUAAAUUGGCUUGCUUUGCAUAAUGUAUUCUGCAAACCUAGCAGAAGGGCAAUAAGCCAGUCAAGCCCCUUCCUCAAAGUCCUGUGAAGCCCACUUGGAGCUUUUCUAAAUGCUUCAUCUGCUCACAAGCACAGUUUGCCUUCAGUACCAGAUUAAGAGAGUCUGGCUAGGUUUAUACAUUUUAUUAAAGACUAUGGGGGUGGCAGAGGGAGGUCUUUUCAACCCCAUAGAGCCCCACAGUUUCUAAAUAAUGCAGCGAAGUAAGCCUAAGCCAACCUCCUCCACUUUGUUAUUUAGCUACAGAGGAGGUAGGUCUCCUGUCCUUUAAUAGGCACUGCUUCCUGGAUCUGCUGCUGGUUGGUGGAGAAGGACUCUUCGCUUAAACAGACCACACUCGUGAAAAUUAAAACAUAUUUUUUUUAUUAUAAGCAAUUCUAAUAAAUUUUGCUAAGUGUUUGAAUUAA